AUGGCCUCGGAGGAGCACCAUGAGACGUUUGAGAGCACCGACGCCGGUGCGUCCCUGACGUACCCCCAGCAGGCGGGCUCCAUCCGCAAGAACGGCUUCAUGGUCGCCAAGGGCAGGCCCUGCAAGGUGGUGGACGUGUCGACCUCCAAGACCGGCAAGCACGGCCACGCCAAGUGCAACUUUGUGUGCGUGGACAUCUUCACUGGCAAGAAGUACGAGGAGAUGACCCCCUCAUCCCACAACAUGGACGUGCCCAACGUGUCGCGCGCUGAGUACACCCUGCUGGACAUCAACGAGGAGGGCUUUUGCACCCUGAUGCUUGAGAACGGUGACACCCGCGAGGACCUCAUGCUGCCCAAGGGCACAGAGGAGAGCGACAAGCUGGCGGAGACCAUCAGGGAGCAGUUCGCCUCGGGCCAAGAGCUCGCGGUCGGCGUGCUCAAGGCCAUGGGCGAGGAGAUGAUCAACUCGGUCAAGGUGGUCAACGCCUAG